AUGGCUAGGGGUUCUUGUUUCUUCCUCAUCCUUUUAAUCGUCUCGUUGUUAGCAAAUGCGAGUAAUUCUCAAAUAUUAGAUCGACAUAGUUUUCCCGAUGGUUUCAUUUUUGGAACUGCUGCAUCGGCGUUUCAGUACGAAGGAGCAACAGACGAAGGUGGGAAGUCUCCAACUAUAUGGGACCACUUCAGCCGCACUUAUCCAGAAAGGACGAAAAUGCACAAUGCUGAUGUAGCAAUUGAUUUUUAUCAUCGCUAUAAGGAUGAUAUUAAAUUGAUGAAGGAGCUAAACAUGGACGCUUUUAGAUUCUCAAUCUCGUGGGCCAGAUUAAUUCCUAGUGGAAAGGUAAAGGAUGGAGUAAACAAAGAAGGUGUACAAUUCUACAAUGAUCUCAUAGACGAACUUCUUGCUAAUGACAUACAACCUUCAAUGACUCUCUAUCACUGGGACCAUCCACAAUCUUUGGAGGACGAAUAUGGUGGCUUUUUAAGCCCUAAAGUCGUAGAAGAUUUUCGAGAUUUCGCAAGAAUUUGCUUCGAAGAGUUUGGAGAUAAAGUCAAGAUGUGGACAACGAUCAACGAACCAUACAUCAUGACUGUUGCAGGUUACGACCAAGGUAACAAGGCGGCUGGACGAUGCUCAAAAUGGGUAAACGAAAAGUGCCAAGCCGGAGAUUCAAGUACUGAGCCUUACAUUGUUUCACAUCACACUCUUCUUGCUCAUGCCGCUGCGGUAGAAGAAUUCCGAAAAUGCAAAAAAACUUCGCAUGAUGGCCAAAUUGGGAUAGUGUUGUCACCAAGAUGGUUUGAACCAUAUCAUUCAGCCUCUACUGAUGAUAAAGAAGCAGCCGAAAGAGCUCUUGCCUUUGAAAUUGGAUGGCAUCUUGAUCCAGUGAUUCAUGGAGACUACCCAGAGAUAGUAAAAAAAUAUGCGGGAAAUAAAUUACCUUCGUUUACCGUAGAACAAUCAAAGAUAUUAAGAAAUUCAUCAGAUUUCGUUGGAGUAAAUUACUAUACAGCGCGUUACGUUAUCCAUACACCUCACAUCGAUCCUGAAAAGCCUCGAUUCAAGACUGACCAUCACGUCGAAUGGAAAUUGACUAACCACAGUGGCCACAUCAUCGGACCAGGGGGAGAAAGGGGAAAAAUAUUGUCGCAUCCGGAAGGCUUGCGAAAAGUCCUAAAUUAUAUCAAAGAUAAAUACAAUAACAUGCCCGUCUACAUUAAAGAAAAUGGUAUCAGUGAAGACGACGAUGGUACAAAACCAAGAGAAGAGAUUCUUAAGGACAAAUAUAGGAUUGAGUACCAUGACACACAUUUCCAAGAACUCCACAAAGCUAUAGUGGAAGAUGGGUGUGACGUAAGAGGAUAUUAUGCAUGGUCAUUGUUGGACAACUUUGAAUGGGAACAUGGAUACACAGCUAGAUUUGGUCUUUACUAUGUUGACUUUGUCAACGGUCUCAAACGUUAUCCAAAAGACUCGGUGAAAUGGUUUAAGCGGUUCCUUAAGAGAUCAGUCGGAGAGAGUAAAGAAGAGGAUGUGAAGGAGAAGUCAUGUGUGGGGUGGAAUAAGACUCUGCAUGAGCAAGAGGGUUUCAAAGACUCGGCGAGUUUCUUUGUAUCUUUCAUGGCUACGAACCAAUCGAGGAGAGAGGAAGAGAAAAAUCGUGGUUUGCAGGGAAUAGAGAAUCCAUCGUCGUUUUAUUAG